GUUUCCUCUAAGCCAUACCUGGUCACGUUUCUGGAGCAAAGUCAAGGGCCUACAGAUAUGAAGAGACCAGCAGCAGUUGCCAUGCAAACAGGAAAAAAACACUCUACAGGAAAAGAAUGUGGCAUUACCCUUCCUUGGAACUCACAACCCAUUAACCACCAGAAACUUAAUUUAAGCAUUAAGCCCUAUAAGUGUGAAGAAUGUGGUAAGGCCUUCCGUUUUCCAUCAUUUCUUUGUGUACACAAGAGAAGUCAUACAGGAGAGAAACCCUUCAAGUGUGAAGUAUGUGGCAAGUCCUUCUAUGUUCUAUCACCACUUUCUGUACACAAGAGAAUCCAUACAGGAGAGAAACCCUUCAAGUGUGAAGAAUGUGGCAAAGCCUUUCAUUCUCCGUCAUUACUUUAUAAACACAAAAGAAUUCAUACAGGAGUGAAACCCUAUAAGUGUGAAGAAUGUGGCAAGGCCUUCUAUGUUCCUUCACGACUUUCUGAACACAAGAGACUUCAUACAGGAGAGAAACCCUACACAUGUGAAGUAUGUAGCAAGGUCUUUCAUGCUGCAUCAUUACUUAAAGUACAUGAGCGAAUUCAUACAGGAGAUAGACCCUACAAGUGUGAACUAUGUGACAAGGCCUUCUAUAUCCCAUCACGACUAUCUAUACACAUGAGGAUUCAUACAGGAGAGAAACCUUACAAGUGUGAAGUAUGUGACAAGGCCUUCAAUCGUCUAUCAGGACUUUCUGUACACAAGAAAAUCCAUACAGGAGAGAAACCCUACAAGUGUGAAGUAUGUGGCAAGGCCUUCUAUGUUCCAUCACGACUAUCUGUACACAUGAGGAUUCAUACAGGAGAGAAACCUUACAAGUGUGAAGUAUGUGGCCAGGCCUUCAUUCGACCAUCAGGACUUUCUGUACACAAGAAUAUCCAUACAGGAGAGAAACCCUACAAGUGUGAAGUAUGUGGCAAGGCCUUCAACUGUCCAUCAGGACUUUCUAUACACAAGAAAAUUCACAUAGGAGAGAAACCCUGAAAGUGUGAAGUAUGUGGUAAGGCCUCCAAUCAUCCACCAGGACUAUCUGUACUCAAGAGCAUUCAUACAGGAGAGGAACCCUACAAGUGUAAAGUGUGUGGCAAAGUCUUCCAUUUUUCCAUACUACUUUCAAUACUUUCAUGCAGGAGAGAAACCCUAGAAAUGUGAAAUAUGUUGAAAGGUCUUUAAAACUUCCCAGAUUCUUUCAGCUCACUAGAUAAUCCAUUGUGGAAAGAAACCCCACAAGUGUGAGCAGUGUGGAAAAGCCUUCUAUAUGAAGUCACACCUAUCUCAGCACAGAUGAACUCACACUGGGGAGAAACAUUAC